GGGAGGGCCGGGGAAGUCGCUCCAGUGGGUCCUUUUCCGGCGCUGGGGGCCGGAAGUUGUGGCCCGGCGGUGUCAACCUGGGAGCUGCAGGCUGGGAGUGUGGCUGAGACCGCGACCAUGGGCGGGAAGAACAAGCAGCGGACCAAGGGGAACCUGAGGCCUUCAAACAGUGGCCGAGCUGCAGAACUCCUUGCCAAAGAACAGGGAACAGUGCCUGGAUUUAUUGGUUUUGGAACGUCACAGAAUGACCUCGGCUAUGUUCCUGCUAUUCAGGGAGCUGAAGAAAUUGACAGUCUUGUAGAUUCUGAUUUCCGAAUGGUGCUGCGGAAACUUUCUAAGAAAGAUGUCACAACAAAGUUAAAAGCCAUGCAGGAAUUUGGAACCAUGUGUACAGAGAGAGACACAGAAGUCGUAAAAGGAGUUCUUCCAUACUGGCCAAGAAUUUUCUGCAAAAUUUCACUUGAUCACGAUCGCCGGGUUCGAGAAGCCACGCAGCAGGCUUUUGAAAAGCUUAUCCUUAAAGUAAAGAAGCACUUGGCUCCUUAUUUAAAAAGUUUAAUGGGCUAUUGGUUAAUGGCUCAGUGUGAUACUUACACGCCAGCUGCAUCUGCAGCAAAAGAUGCCUUUGAAGCAGCUUUCCCUCCAAGCAAGCAACCUGAAGCCAUAGCAUUUUGUAAGGAUGAAAUUACAAGUGUGCUACAGGAUCAUCUUAUAAAAGAAACACCUGAUACACUCAGUGAUCCACAAACGGUUCCAGAGGAAGAAAGAGAAGCUAAAUUCCAUCGGGUUGUAACUUGUUCCUUAUUGGCAUUAAAAAAAUUGCUUUGCCUCUUACCUGAUAAUGAGCUUGAUUCUCUGGAGGAAAAAUUUAAGUCUCUUUUAUCACAGAAUAAGUUUUGGAAAUAUGGAAAACACAGUAUACCUCAGAUCCGCUCAGCUUAUUUUGAGUUAGUUUCUGCUUUGUGCCAGCGUAUUCCACAGUUGAUGAAAGAUGAAGCAUCCAAAGUGAGCCCAUCUGUUCUACUUAGCAUUGAUGACAGUGACCCCAUUGUAUGCCCGGCUCUCUGGGAAGCUGUACUUUAUACACUUACAACUAUUGAGGACUGUUGGCUUCAUGUAAAUGCAAAAAAAAGUGUGUUUCCAAAGCUGUCAGCUGUGGUUCGUGAAGGCGGUCGGGGUCUGGCUACCAUCAUAUAUCCUUAUCUUUUGCCAUUUAUCAGCAAACUCCCUCAGUCCAUUACAGAUCCAAAGUUGGAUUUCUUCAAAAAUUUCCUCACCUCUGUAGUUGUAGGGCUGUCAACAGAGAGAAUCAAAACCAGCUUUUCAGAGUGCUCAGCAGUAAUAUCAGCUUUUUUUGAAUGCUUACGUUUUAUAAUGCAGCAAAACUUAGGUGAGGAAGAGAUUGAAGAGAUGCUCAUCAGUGAUCAGUUGAUUCCUUUUAUUGAUGCAGUUCUCAAAGACCCAAGAUUGCAAGAUGGGCAGCUCUUUAACCAUUUAGCAGAAACCUUAAGUUCCUGGGAAGCCAAAGCAGAUGUGGAAAAAGAUGAUAAAAUAGCUCACAGUUUGGACAAAGUACUACUGAAUUUUUGGGAAAGACUGUCAGAGAUCUGUGUGGAGAAAAUCAAUGAGCCAGAAGCUGAUGUGAAAUCCGUGUCAGGUGUUUCUAACCUGUUACAGGUCCUUCAGAAGCCGAAGAGCUCACUGAAGCCAAAUAAAAAAAAAGUUGGUAAGGUUAGAUUUGCUGACGAGCUGCCUGAAAGUAAUAAAGAGAACGAAAAAUGUGUCUCCUCCGAAGGCGAAAACAGUGAAGGCUCUGAAUUAAUGACUGAACUUUCUCUCUCUCAUAAUCGUUCAGACCUUGUAUCACCACUAAGGAAGAAACCUUUGGAAGACUUGGUCUGUAAACUAGCAGCGAUGAGUAUUAAUUAUGUCAAUGAGCAAAAGUCAGAGCAACAUCUAAAGUUUCUUUCCACUCUGCUCAGCUCUUUCUCUUCAACCCAAGUAUUUAAAAUGCUACUAGGUGAUGAAAAACAGAGUAUUGUCAAAGCCAAACCUCUUGAAAUAGCCAGACUUGUAGAAAAAAAUCCUGCUGUACAGUUUUUAUACCAGAAACUGAUAGGUUGGCUAAAUGAAGAUCAACGGAAGGAUGCUGGUUUCUUGGUGGACAUUUUGUACAGUGCCCUCUGUUGCUGUGACAAUAAUAUGGAAAGAAAGUAUGUCUUGGAUGAUCUCAUUGAGGGGAAUCUGAAAUGGAAUUCUAUUCUUCAGGUCAUUGAAAAGGCAUGUUCUAGUUCAGAUAAACAUGCUUUAGUAACUCCUUGGCUAAAAGGAGAUAUCCUUGGAGAGAAAUUGGUAACCCUGGCAGAUCAUCUUUGCCAUAAAGACUUGGAAUCCACAGUAUCUUCUGAUUCUUACUUCUCGGAGAGAUGGGCUCUUCUAAGCUUGGUAUUAUCCCAACAUGUUAAAAAUGAUUACUUGAUUGGAGAAGUAUAUGUUGAAAGAAUUAUUGUUAAACUUCAUGAAACUUUAUCCAAAGUAAAGGAAUUGUCAGAAGCUGAAAAUAAUGAUUCAUCAGUGUCUUUUAUCUGUGAUGUGGCCUAUAACUAUUUCAGCUCAGCAAAAGGAUGCUUGCUAAUGCCAUCCUCUGAAGACUUAUUAUUAACUCUCUUUCAGUUAUGUGCUCAGAACAAAGAAAAAACACAUUUGCCAGACUUUCUUGUCUGUAAACUGAAAAAUACUUGGCUCUCUGGUGUGAAUUUAUUGACCCACCAAACUGGCAGUACAUGUAGACAGAGUACCUUCCUAUGUUUGUCUGCUCUGUGGCUGAAGAACCAAGUUCAGUCUUCAUCUUUGGAUAUCAAAAGUCUUCAAGUCCUCUUGUGUGCUGUUGAUGACUUGCUAAAUAUGCUUCUAGAAAGUGAAGAUACUAAUCUUCUGGGAGUUUACAUUGAAAGUGUAAUGCCAAGCAACAGUGAAUGGGAAAAGAUGAGACAGUCUCUUCCAAUGCAGUGGUUGCAUAGACCUCUUUUAGAAGGAAGAUUGAGUUUGAAUUAUGAGUGUUUCAAAACAGAUUUUAAAGAACAAGAUGCAAAGAAACUUCCCAGCCAUUUGUGUACUUCAGCAUUAUUGAGCAAAAUGAUAUUAGUUGCACUGAAAAAGGAAAUAGUCCUAGAAAAUAAUGAGCUUGAGAAAAUAAUUGCAGAACUGCUCUAUUCACUGCAGUGGUAUGAAGAAUUAGACAAUCCCCCUAUUUUUCUAACUGGAUUUUGUGAAAUGCUUCAAAAGAUGAAUAUUACAUAUGAUAACUUAUGUGGACUUGGUAAUACCUCUGGCCUUUUACAGCUGCUAUUUAACAGAUCCAUGGAAAAUGGCACCCUUUGGUCUCUUAUUAUUGCUAAGUUGAUCCUUUCCCGAAGUGUUUCAUCUGAUGAAGUAAAACGGCAUUAUAGGAGAAAAGAAGGGUUUUUCCCACUAACGGAAGGCAAUAUGCAUACCAUUCAAAGUCUCUGUCCAUUUUUGUCAAAAGAAGACAAGAAAGAAUUCAUUGCUCAAUGUAUACCUCCCCUUUUGGCCUGGACUAAGGAAGAUCUUUGCAGUACUAAUGGAGGUUUUGGACAUCUUGCCAUUUUCAACUCUUGUCUGCAAACCAGAAGCAUAGAUGAUGGGGAGCUAUUACAUGGUAUAUUAAAAAUUCUAAUAUCCUGGAAGAAAGAUCAUGAAGAUGUUUUUCUUUUCAGUUGUAAUCUAUCAGAAGUAAGUCCAGAGAUACUAGGUGUGAAUAUAGAAAUAAUCCGGUUCCUUUCCUUGUUCCUGAAAUACUGUUCAUCUCCUUUGGCAGAGAGUGAAUGGGACUUCAUCAUGUGCUCCAUGUUGGCUUGGUUGGAGACAACAAGGGAGAAUCACACACUGUAUUCUGUUCCACUUGUACAACUGUUUGCCUGUGUCAGCUGUGAUUUGGCCUGUGAGCUCAGUGCUUUUUUUGAUUCCACAACUCUGGACACCAUUGGCAAUCUCCCCGUGAAUCUAAUCAGUGAAUGGAAAGAAUUUUUUUCCCAAGGCAUCCACAAUUUGCUUUUACCUCUUUUGGUGACUGUUACAGGAGAAAGCAAAGAUACAUCUGAAACAUCCUUCCAGAAUGCAGUGCUGAAGCCCAUGUGUGAAACAUUAACAUAUAUCCCAAAGGACCAGCUAUUGAGUCAAAAACUCCCUUCAAAAUUGGUUGCUGGCCAAAAAACAAACUUACCAGAAUAUCUUCAGACUUUGCUAAAUACUUUGGCCCCAUUACUCCUCUACAGAGCUCGGCCUGUGCAAAUUGCUGUUUACCAUAUGCUAUACAAAUUGAUGCCUGAAUUACCACAAUAUGAUCAGGAUAAUCUGAAGUCAUACGGAGAUGAAGAAGAAGAACCAGCCUUGUCACCACCAGCAGCGCUGAUGUCUCUUCUUAGCACUCAAGAGGACUUACUAGAAAAUGUUUUGGGGUGUAUUCCUGUUGGACAGAUAGUUACUAUUAAGCCACUGAGUGAAGACUUCUGCUAUGUUCUGGGAUAUCUCCUCACUUGGAAAUUAAUACUUACUUUCUUCAAAGCUGCUUCAUCUCAGCUUCGGGCACUGUAUUCAAUGUACCUUCGAAAAACAAAAAGUUUGAAUAAAUUGCUCUAUCACCUGUUCAGGCUGAUGCCAGAAAAUCCGACUUAUGCAGAGACAGCUAUUGAGCUCUCUAAUAAGGAGCCUAAAACAUUCUUUACGGAAGAGCUCCAGUUGAGUAUUAGAGAAACAGCAACUCUUCCAUACCAUAUCCCACACUUGGCUUGUUCAGUCUAUCAUAUGACAUUAAAAGACUUACCUGCCAUGGUUAGGCUGUGGUGGAAUAGUAGUGAGAAGCGUGUUUUCAAUAUUGUAGAUAGAUUUACAAGCAAGUAUGUCAGCAGUGUUCUUUCUUUUCAAGAAAUUUCUUCUGUACAAACAAGUACACAACUAUUUAAUGGCAUGACGGUUAAAGCUCGGGCUACUACUCGAGAAGUGAUGGCUACUUACGCUAUUGAGGACAUAGUUAUUGAGCUUAUUAUACAGCUGCCUUCAAAUUAUCCACUGGGCUCAAUAACCGUGGAGAGUGGGAAGAGAGUGGGAGUGGCUGUUCAGCAGUGGCGGAACUGGAUGCUGCAGUUGAGCACUUACCUCACCCAUCAAAAUGGAAGCAUUAUGGAAGGCCUAGCAUUAUGGAAAAAUAAUGUAGACAAACGUUUUGAGGGUGUUGAAGAUUGCAUGAUCUGUUUCUCAGUCAUUCAUGGUUUCAACUAUUCUCUUCCCAAAAAAGCCUGUAGAACAUGCAAGAAGAAGUUCCAUUCCGCCUGCUUGUAUAAAUGGUUUACGUCUAGCAACAAAUCCACUUGUCCACUCUGUCGUGAGACCUUUUUCUGAAAAUUUUUUUCCAUUGGAAGUGAUCCCUGAAGUAAAUCAAGCAGAGUGUGGCUUUGGAUCCACCUUGAAGUAUUGAUGUGAGGAGGCCAGUGAGCGUUCCUUUUAAAUGAGAUCUUCUCUGGAAAAUUAUUUUGGUUAAUGUAAUGAUCCUAAAUCAGGUUUACUUACCUUUAGAUUGCUUUGUAAAUGUUUGGAAACCUUUUCUUUUACAUAAGAAUAUUACAUAUUUGAGAGAAAAUAUUUAUAUUAAUAGUUUAAUCUUUUUGUAUAUUUAAAAAUAAAUACGGAAAAACCCUAAAUUACAGAAUUGGAAUUUGUGAAAGCACUGUACAACUAUAUUAUACUAAAAAACACAGUUUGUUCAUCUAUAUUCUAAAGUCCAACUGGCACAAAUGAAUGGAGAAGGUUGAUUUCUAUCUACAGAUAUUUUAAGACUUAUUUAUUAGUUAUGACAAAAUUAAUUAGUAUUCGGAUAUUUGUAGAUUAUUUUAAUGAUAAAAUGAGGCUAAGCUAUUAAUAUAGCUUAUUAUAAGCUAUUUGAAGCAUGCUUUGAAAUCCUAUAGCAAAGAGUGUAAACCGAACUUUAAGUAAGGUGUCUCCAUUUAUCAAGGGUUAUGAAAUUCAGAAAAUUAAAUUCAUGGCACUGACCUUUUGCUGUGGAAGAAUUUCCAUGUAUUAAUGAAAUUUGAAUUGCAGAUCUGUCAGUGACUUUAUUAUUACUCAGUUUGAGUGAGUCUCCAGAGGAUAUGAAUUUGAGAGAAGCAAAAUUAGAUUAUUUCAUUCAGGAAGCAGAGUGGUAGUUAUCCCUCUAUUGAGAGGGAAGAAAUAAGUAUUUCUGAAAUUUAACAUUGGUGGAAAAAACAAAAAAUUAUAAAAUGUUGCAGGAGGCUUUCAAUUUUGUAAGCAAACUUUGCUAUUCUUACUGGCCAAGAUGACACUAAAUUAGAGAUUUGGGGGAGCUUAUUUUUUCCAGCCUUUAGAAGUACAAGUUAAUAAUUUUAGUACUAAGUAAAAUUCAGUUUAAUGGGCUGAAAUGAAGUAGGUGGAAACCUGCCUUUUGCCACAGCACUGUUAACCCUUAAAAAAUUGUGCCCAAGAUAUAAACAUGUGGAAGUUUGGAACUUGGAAUCAUUUUUUGCAGUCUUCCAUUACACAGGAAAUAUUAGCAUAUCUAGUAGCAAGUUUACUUGAAAGAUCAGCUGAUCAUCUCUGUUGCAAAUGUUUAAUUGGCAAAAAGCAAGUCAUGUUAAAUAAAAUCACUGCUUACCAUCAA